AUGGAGUACCCUCCACAAUAUCAACAGCCUCAUGGGCAACACCCACACGCCCCGUCGCAUAUCCCUGGCCCAUACCAACCAGGUCCACCGAAUCCAGGUGGUCCCGUUGGGUCCAUGGCAUCCCCCACCAAUCCCCAGGCACCUAUGCAACAAACACACCCUGCUCAUCAGACAUCCCCGAUCCUUCCAUCGCAACAGCAUUAUCAACAAGCUCAGAAUGCGCCCGGUGCCGUUCACCAGCAGAUGAAUUUCCCACAAGGCUAUGGAGUCACCACGGCAAUGCCUCAAACAUAUGGUAUCUCACCAACCCAGGCUGCCGCGAUGGCCACCGCCGCCGCCUCUGGACAAUUUUACCCGCUUCAUCAGGAUGUUACCGGACAGAUGGCGCAAGGGUCAAGAGGCUCCCCACGCAUGGCAGGUGUCCAAAUGAAGCCAGAUCGGAAUCCGCGAUCUCCACCUCAGAUGUCCGGCCAGAUGCCUCCGAUGGGCACUCAGGUUCAAAUGGCUCCAAACUCCCAGUUGCCACCCCGUCGCAUGAGCCAUGUGGGCAGCCCCGGAGUGCAAAAUGCGCAAAUUAACCACAUCGGCCGACCCUCGGUAGCUCCCCCACCUAUGUCCGCUCCCCAAGCUGCUGUACAACAGAACCAACCUUCGCCUGAGAUGGUCCCUAGUGGCAACCAAGAAGAGUCCCCCUUGUAUGUCAACGCCAAGCAAUUUCAUCGGAUCUUGAAACGUCGCGUCGCGCGACAGAAGCUAGAAGAGCAGCUGCGACUCACUUCGAAGGGCCGCAAACCGUACCUUCACGAGUCGCGACACAACCACGCCAUGCGCCGGCCUCGUGGUCCUGGUGGUCGCUUUUUGACUGCUGACGAGGUUGCCGCGAUGGAAAAGAAGGUGGCGGAUGGCGAUCCUGACCCGCUGGCCGAGAUCAUGGGAAGAGAGAAUGGCUCUGCCCAGAAACGGAAAUCAAGUGAGGUCAACGACGACCAUAUGAACUUGAAGAAGCCCAAGACCAGCAUUAGUGCCGACGCCAGCGAACAAGACUCCGCCGACGCAUCUGACGAUGAUGGUUGA